CGUGGAUAUGUUUUCCCAGGCUUCCUCGCGCGCGAGGGACGAACCGCGGCCGAGAGCGACGGCGCGGAGCCGGAAAUGUCAGAGGUGUCUGCGGCUCAGCUAGUAGCCGGCUCGGUUCCUUCCUGCGGAGAGCCGGACUUCCUCCGCCUGAGUCCUUGGGAGCAGCCUCGGGAAGGACUUCUACUGAACGGAAAGCCCGUAGUCCUAGGUUCGGGGACCAGCAGUGACCCAGCGAGGAGUGGGAACCCCGAGAGGAUGCAACCGGGGAGUGCCCAGCUCCGUCUCUGCCGAAUGUAAUCCUCUUACAGACUAAUAUAUGCUGGUUGGAAUCAGUGGAUAAUAAUGAGUGGUGCAGCUUUGGGCAUUGAGAUAGUUGUUGUCUUCUUUUUGGCAUUAAUCAUACUACAGCGAUAUGGUGACUUCAAAAAGCAGCACAAACUUGUGAUUGUUGCAACACUAUUAGCUUGGUAUCUUUGUUUUCUCAUAGUCUUUAUACUGCCCUUAGAUGUCACUACGACUAUAUACAAUCGGUGUAAGCAUGAUCUAAACGACUCAUACAUUUAUCCCACCAGCCGUGGAUCAGAAGCGCAACAUCAAGACAUUAAUCCCACUCAGAGUAAACCCAAAUGUUUCAAACCAUGGAGUUAUAUCCCUGAUAGAAUUAUGCCCAUUUUUUGGCGUGUUGUAUAUUGGACAUCACAGUUUUUAACAUGGAUUCUGUUACCCUUUAUGCAGUCCUAUGCUAGAUCAGGAGGUUUUUCCAUUACUGGGAAGAUUAAAACAGCAUUAAUUGAAAAUGCUAUAUAUUAUGGAACAUACCUUUUGAUUUUUGGGGCGUUUUUGAUAUAUGUAGCUAUAAAUCCAAACAUCAGCUUGCAAUGGAGUCAGCUUCAGACAAUAGGAAUAGCUGCUGCCAAUACCUGGGGCCUCUUUCUGCUUGUGUUGCUGUUAGGAUAUGGCUUGGUAGAAAUUCCACGCUCUCACUGGAAUGGAGCUAAAAAGGGCUAUCUUCUCAUGAAGACUUACUUUAAGGCUGCUAAACUGAUGACUGAAAAGGCAGAUGCGGAAGAAAACCUGGAGGAUGUCAUGGAGGAGGUCCGCAAAGUAAAUGAAAGCAUCAAAUACAACCAUCCUUUGAGGAAAUGUGUGGAUACAGUAUUAAAAAAGUGUCCUACAGAAUAUCAGGAGAGGAUGGGCCGAAACAUGGAUGAUUAUGAAGACUUUGAAGAAAGAUCCAAUACUUAUCCAACAGAGAAAAGCCUAGUGAAGCUUCAUAAGCAGGUGAUUUAUUCAGUUCAAAGGCAUCGUCGUACACAAGUCCAGUGGCAAAUUCUUUUAGAGCAAGCCUUUUACCUGGAAGAUGUGGCAAAAAAUGAAUCCAGUGCCACUCAUCAAUUUGUUCAUACUUUUCAGUCUCAAGAAGCUGAAAACAAAAUUAUCCAAUAUCUCUAUACACCAACUCUUGAAUGGUAUUGGGAAUGUCUUCUACGACCAUGGUUUCACAGGAUUCUUGCCAUUAUCCUGGCCAUCUUUUCCAUCAUUGUUGUGUGGUCAGAAUGCACGUUUUUCAGCCCAAAGCCAGUUCUGUCGCUCUUUGCCAUAUUCAUACGACUAGCGGAAAAGAAUUACAACUAUUUUUACAUAGAGAUGGCUUGCUUUUUUACAAUCUUUUUCCUGAGUAUCUGCGUUUAUUCUACGGUCUUCAGGAUCCGUGUAUUCAACUAUUAUUACUUAGCUUCACACCAUCAGACAGAUGCAUAUAGCUUGCUUUUCAGUGGCAUGUUGUUCUGUCGUUUGACUCCUCCUCUGUGUCUAAAUUUUUUGGGCUUGACUCAUAUGGAUGCAGCAAUUUCUCAGAGAACCACAGAACAGCCAACUGCUUAUACCUCUAUUAUGGGAUCAAUGAAAGUGUUGUCCUUCAUAGCAGAUGGUUUUUAUAUUUAUUAUCCCAUGCUGGUUGUCAUUCUCUGCAUUGCUACUUACUUCAGUUUAGGAACUCGAUGUUUGAAUCUUCUGGGAUUCCAGCAAUUCAUGGGAGACAAUGAGAUGACUUCAGACCUAAUAGAUGAAGGAAAAGAGUUAAUCAGAAGAGAAAAGAGAAAACGGCAAAGGCAGGAAGAUGGGGACAAUAGGAGAAGGGAGUGGAAAGAACGGUAUGGAAACAAUCGUGAACCUUCAACAAGAAACAGAAAUCUUCAAGCAGACCAAAAAGAAUCUAGUUUCACAGAGAUCAAUACAAACAGAUUGACUUCCAAGUACACCAGGUCAAAUGGAAGGAAUGAAAGGGACAGAGUAGAACUUCUUCAGGAUGCAGAACCUCUGGACUUUAAUGCAGAUGCAGUCAAUGAAGAUCCUCUUGACUCUGAAUCAGGAAGGUACCAACCUGGUGGAAGAUAUUUGUCAAUGUCUCAAAGUAGAAUAUUUGAUGAUGUCUAAAGCCCCAGAACACUUGAAUAUCACUCUGGGAAAAUGCCUCAUAUCUCAUUCUGCAACCGAAUCAGCUUCAGUUCGCCAGAAAAGAAAAUGGAAUGUGAAAACAAAAUGCACUUUGUAGAAUUAGUUGCCCACUUCAAGAUGGGCUUAGAGCAUUGGUUUCCAACCCCUGCAGCGGUGCCCUUUCUAGCUUUUCCCUCACUCCUUCAAACUUUGAAUAGGAUUGGAAUAUGAAAAGAAGGGGCACAAGGGAGAAAGGGGUGCUCAGCGGCCCAGAGACAGUUCUUGUUGUUUGGGGUUAUUCUUAUCUCUUAAUGAAGAAGCCUUGUCAACUUCAAAAAACCUCUCCUAGAUUUUAGAAGCUGUCCAUACAUAAAGGUAUAUGGUUUUGACUUUCAGAGUUUAAUCAAGGUAAAGGUAAUGCGGAUGAAGUCUUAAAAUAACAAAUGUUGGGCCCAAAAUAAAGUUGUAAAUGUGCACCUGUGGGAAGUUUUGCUUUUGGGUGGUGAGGGGGAAGACUUCAGAUUCUAAGGAUAAAACAAUUGGGUCUUCCUAAGUGCAGUUCAUUAUUAGCCCUAUUUGGUGCAAAUAUUUAUGGAUUACCUUCUAUAACAGCCUUGGUAUGAUUCAGGAAAGGCCAUUCAGAUAGGUUUGGGAUCUCAAUUCAAGUUUUUGAAGAUCGGGAGAGAUUUUACAAAUCUGCAUAAAAUAGUUUUUCUUCAAUGCCUGCCUAAGAGUCACUGAAUAGGAAACAAUUUAUGUUUUCUUUAUCUACAUAGCAAAUGACAUUUGCAUGCAUAAGAACUGAUAAUGAAAUCUUAAUCCUAUUUUAACAGUUUGAAAGCAAAUUAUUUAACCACAUAUACUAGCACAUAGCUAUAAGGGAAAAACAUCACAAAAAUGUCUUAUAAGAUUCAUUGAUAAAAGCUGCUGGUAAAAAUUAUUCAGCUGAAUUAUUAUUAAUUUUUUUGCCAUACUGAAUUGCAAAGUUCCAAUUUUCUCUGUGGAAAAGUCCGUCGUUUUAAGAGUAAUUUAAUAGUUCUUGCAGUUUGGAUCCUGCCUUUUGAAAAAAUGAACUAUUCUAGUAUGAAAAUAAAAAAAAAGAUGACAUCCAACUAUUGCCUUACAAAGGAAAUCUGUUUUAAUCAAGCCUGUAUUUUUACUGCUAGAGCAGUUUUUUUCACUAGAGAAAAAAAAAAUCCAUACUUUUUCAAAUAGAGACCAAGAAAUUUUUCAAAUCGAUUUUCAUAGGUAUUCAUGAACACUAUAUAAAAAUGUAUACAGUAUUAUCAGGACUGGACAAUAUCAGGUUAAGAAAAAAUAAGCAUUUGCCAUUGUUUUCUUGAAGCCAAAUCCGGUAAUUCGAUAUUAUCAUGAGAAUUUAAACAUCUAUCGUGUCACUAUCCUGUGUUUCAUACAGAAAGGGGAUUUGCAUAUUUUUAUCUGUUACCCAUCCAUCUCACCAGGAGAUUUUAGUCAUUUUGGAAAAGCAAAGGAUGUAAAUAUUUUGAUUAGUGAAUAGUAAUGCUGUACAACAGAGAAGAUUUUUUUGUAUAUGUGUUGGAUAGAUUUAAACAUCCCAGAACAGUGCAGCCUUAAAGUCACAAUGCUUGGCAGAAUUUUUAUGAGUACAAAGAGAUGUUUUUGCAUUCUUGUUUGUAACAACCAAAUAAAUAAUGUAUGAUAAUUUAUUGGGCACUUCCUUACAGUGUUCAAAUUCAGGUGUAGCAUACGCAAGUAACAAGGAAGAUAUGGAAGAAGAUAAACACAGUAAUGGUUGAUCUAUGUAUUUUAUAAUACAUAAACCCAACAUUCAUUUUAGAGGGAGAAAGGUUAUUGUGAUUUGCAGUAGCUUCAGUGAAGCAUAAUUUUAUGCAAUGUGCAUCUGGAAAAUGAAUGGCUUAUCUUCUGUCAAGUAUGACUUGGGAUACUAUUUUCACAAACGCUGAAAUUACACUCGGUGCUCAACAUACCAAAUAUAUAAUUAACAGAAACUGGAAUGUACUAACAAAGGAAUUUGCAAACUGUUAUAUCAAUACCAGUUUAACAUUACGUUUAGAAUUUAGAAAUUGUCUCAGUGCUGUAAAUUGAUCUAAACAUCCCAUGUCUAUUAAGAAAAGCUACUUUUGAGUUAUCAAAUUUCUUCCGCACAUUUUGUGAUUCCCAGAAAAAAGUCCGAUAUUUUUAAUACCUUAUUCAUUUUGAUAAAUAGAAAUUUUGUUACUAGUAAGUUGAGAACUUACAGUGAAAGGUUGUUAAAAUUUGAUUCAAAAGUUAGUGGCUCAAAUGCACAGUUGCAGACUAGAUGCUCUCUUUUGCUUUGGAAGUUGAGCUGGAAUUUCACACAUAUUUUCCUUAGAAGUUUGGAAAUGGACUGUGUUAUUGCUAUGGGACAUUCUCAGGUGACCUACAAAUCAAGUGAAGGAGAUUUGGCUUAAAAUAUUACUUUUUUCUUCUUGAAAUUCUUUUUGGGAGAUCUUUAAAUUGAAGUCAGGCAGCUUGCAUAAAAUCAUAUAAAACAUUCCAGUCAGCAAUUCAAACUGCUUGAUGCAUUAAGUAUUAAGACUUCAGUGUCUUGUUUUUUGCACCCUGCUAUGGAAUUUCAUGCCAAAACAAAAAUAUUUAAAACAUUUCUAUAUAUUUGUGAAGCUGACUCAUUUUUUUCACUUGUAAAAGUGUCAUGGUCAUUGUGUUGUCUGAAGAACUUUGAUUUCUUCUUUAAAUACAAAUUGGAAAAUAUGGCUUUUGAGCAGGUACAUUCAUGCGAAAUUUUGUAUUUGCCAUUGAAUUCUUUAUUUAUACCUAAUAGGUUGGAACUGAAAUAAUUGCUUUGUAAAUAAUAUUGGGGUUUGGAGUCAUGAUCAAUGAGAUAUAUAUAUUUGCUGCCAGUAAGUAAGUGUUAUUUAUAUCUAACUAGAGAUGUGUGCAUUACUGUAGUAUAAAGUAAAGUGUAAUGCUAUAUAUGAAUGGAAUUAAAAUGAACUUUAUGUUUCCCUCAUUGUCAAUGUUUAGUGUGUAACUGAAAUGCUGAUGUUGCUGAAUUGAGUGCAGAGAAUUAAAAAAAAUAGAGUGUGGAGUAUCUGUAUAAGUUGUUUUUUAGUUACAGAAAAUAUUACAAAAUGUGCACUGCUACUGAAGAAAUCAUUUUGAAGCAACAUUUUCACAAUUUUUCUUUGCACAAAAUUAUGCUGCUAAUGGUAUUGUCAAGGAAUGGUUGGAACAUUUUUUUUUCCAUUUUCCACAGGACCUAUUAGUGAAGAUCACGUAACUGAAUGUUAUUUUGCAAUCUUGGUAUAUAUUACCAACUGCAUAUAUCACAAGACGCCACGAUUUUCAUGUUUUUCAUUAUUAAUACUUGGAGAUAUAAAGUUCAUUUAAUAUUAAAAUAAGCAUCUUUUGCGGAAUAAAAUGAAGAAUUAUGCUGAAAAUCUGUGUUCUGAAUUUAGCUAUUCCAGUGUUAAUUUUUCUUCUGUGAUUAUUUCUAAAAAUGUACAAAAAAGGAAAAGAAAAAAAAAUGUUGAGAGACCUGAAUAUGUCUACCCAAACAAAACUUACUUUCAAGGCCUUUUCCCACCUUCGUUACUUUCUCUGCUAUUUCGUUCUACAAUUUCUGUCUAUGCAUCAUAAAUCAGAAAACAUUGCAACUACAUCAUGAUUCCUUCUCUCUAACGUAUAUUUUGAGUGUAUGAAUUUCUUAUUUUACCAAUAAGUGCUUAUUUUGUUGUAAUGUAUCUAAUGAUAUUGGUCAUACUGCAAAUGUUCAAUGUGAAGGAAAUCUGCCAGAAUUGUACCCCUUGUAAAUAUAGAAGCUAUGCUAGAUUUCCAUUUGUAUUCAUGGAUGACAUGACUAUAGAUCAAAAGUAACCAAGAGAAAUCAAGAGGAUGAUUUACACUACCAUUGGAACAAAUUAGCACUUUGUUUCACUAAUAAUGGAACAAGUUUGUCUACCUUGAGCAACGUAAUAUGUAAUCAAAAAUACUGAAUCCUGAGCACUGUGUUUUUGUCUCAAUAAUUCUAAAUUGCAUAUUUCCAAACUGAUGUGCCCAUUCUGGUUUUUACUUCAUUUGUUUCUGUUUAUGUAAUUUAUUUCUCUGGAAAAUAAGGGAAGUUUGGGUGACUUCAUAAAAUGCCUUACAAGUGCAUGAUACACAUGGGCUUUGAGAACAUGACUGAAAAUUCCCUUUGUCUUCAUCACUUCAAUGCAGAUAUGUAUAUCUUAUCUGGGUAUGCAGAAUUGCAGAACUAUAAAUUAUUUAUGUAUUGAUCUUUUUUAAUGUAUAUUUAAAUCUAAUUAGAAUAAAGUUUGCCUGAAUGGA